AUGGGGAAGGGAAUAGCUCACUGUGUGAAGUUGGCACGCCUCAUUCAAAGAGGGUGCGGCUGUCUGAAGAGAGGUCCCCCGUGUCCCGCCAGCUGUUUACUGGCACAGCAGCAGACUGUGAGCAAGUGGCAAAGGAAGAAAAAGAUGACAAAGACAAAGGAGGUGAAGAAGAUGAGGAAGAAGAAACGUGAAGAAGAAGAGAGCAUAGAAGGGGAAGAGAAAUCGCCUCCAAACAGCCCUCUGCUCAUUGAUCUAACAGAAGAUGAAGAAGAUAUUACGCUGGUUCUCUCUGAACCCCCUGAACUAAUAGACCUGACCGACGACCGCCUCACACCUCCACCUCCUCAAGAACCUCUCAGUAAGAGAGAGACACACUCACUUCCUACCUCCACUGGUAAGGGCGGCCACCACGCGCCAAACGUGGUUCACGGCGUUCGUCUCUCCUCGCCGGUUGUUUUAGAACUGAGUGACUCUCAGACCAGCGGGAACACGUCGUCGGGGUGUAGUGUCCGCAGCAAGAGGUCCGUGUCUGUUGAAUCCACUCACAGAGCUCUAGGUUCCCCCAACUGUCUUCCCCCAACCCCAGGCAGGGAAAAUGUACACGCCAUCCUCCAGAGACCUGACUUUCCUUGA